AUGGUGUGUCGCCUUCGAAAGUCGUUGUACGGACUUUGCCAAGAACCGCGUUGUUGGUUCUCUAAGUUAUCCACAUCUCUGAAAAGGUACGGAUUUUUGCAAUCGUACUCUGAUUACUCUCAUUUUACUCUGCAAACUGGGUCUAUUCAACUUAUUGUUCUGGUGUAUGAUGAUGACUUAAUAAUAUCUGGCAAUGAUUCUUCUACAAUUGCAACAUUCAAAUCUUAUUUGAGUGAUUGUUUUCAUAUGAAAGAUUUGGGUGUGUUGAAGUAUUUUCUUGGCAUUGAGGUUGCACGGAGUCCGGAAGGCAUAUUUUUAUGUCAACGGAAGUACACACUUGAUAUUAUUGCAGAGCCUGGCUUGCUAGGGGCACGUCCGGCAAGUACUCCUAUUGAGCAGAAUCAUACUCUAGCAAAAUUCGAGUCCUCUAUUCUUUCUGAUCCGGAAAUGUAUCGGCGACUUAUGGGUCGUUUGAUUUAUUUGUCUUUUACUCGACCUGAUUUGGCUUAUGCGGUGCAUAUCUUAUCUCAAUUUAUGCAACAACCGCGACAGGAUCAUUGGGAGGCCGCCCUUCGUACGGUGCGAUACUUGAAAGGAUGUCCUGGUCAGGGGAUCUUAUUUAGUUCAGAUUGUGAUUUACAUAUUACUGAUUGGUGUGAUUCGGAUUGGGUUAGUUGCCCUUUGACAAGGCGAUCUAUUUCUGGUUGGUUAGUGUAG